AUGCUGCAGUCCGUUAGGGACACUGUGUACGCCAUGUUUCAGUACAGAUGGUUCGAAUUGACAUGUGUCAGGGUGUACCGGCAAAAGAGACGGUUGAAACGACGGUUUUGGGACAUGAGACAAGAUAGAAAAUGGUCCAGGGAGAAUGGGGACGGUGUACACGUUGUGGUCGGGCCCCACAGAGAGAUGACCCGGAUAGCGCCAGUUGUUGUUCAAGAUUCUGGCACUUUUGUACAAGUCGAAAAUUUCUUUCAGAUAUUGAAGAUGGAGGAUACUACAACGGGCGGUCUGCCGAGGAAUACAAAACCGCUCUUUGAGACCGCCAGUUUCCUCAGCGUACGCAAAUUGCCAGAAAUUACACCUACAGAUCGUGCCUUAGAGGAUAAUGACUCGAGUUAUAGCAUCGGUGGGACCGUAAUCUACAGAAUGCCUCUUGUUCAUGUAGUUAAUGAGACCAUACAGGACGAUCUGAUGUACCAGUGCCUGGGACUGCCAACCCGCUGUGAACUCUGGCAUCACCUUGCAAGCUGA